UGUAAAUGAAAGGAUUCUUAAACACCUCCCUGCUUAGUCUUUUGUCCUUAUUUUGCUCAGGGUGCACGCAACUCUCAAGCACUAGGACCGUGAGGAAUCCAGGCCGCUAUGGCACCUCUGCUUACCGCAAGAAUCCAGUUGCUGUUUCUGCAGACGAUGGGCUUUCUCAUUGGCCUAAUAGGUAAAGCAGCUCGAGCCUUUGGCGGCCCCAAGUUUGGCUCAGUGACCACACCGCCUGUGAUCGAACCAUUGCUACUGCUUUCAGGGGUGCAGCUGGCCAAGCUGAUCCGACAGAGGAAGGUGAAAUGCAUAGAUGUCGUUCAGGCUUAUAUCAACAGAAUUGUGGAUGUGAACCCACUGAUCAAUGGAAUUGUCAAGUACAGGUUUGAGGAAGCUAAGAAGGAAGCUCAUGCUGUAGAUAAAAAGCUUGCAGAGAUGCAGGAAGAUGAUGCCACCCUGGAAAAGAAAUGGCCCUUCCUUGGGGUUCCUUUGACAGUCAAAGAAGCUUUCCAGCUAGAAGGAAUGCCUAAUUCUUCUGGCCUUGUGAGCCGUCGUAACACCAUUUCCAAAACAGAUGCCACUGUAGUGGCAUUACUGAAGGAAGCUGGUGCCAUUCCUCUUGGCAUAACCAACUGUAGUGAGCUGUGCAUGUGGUAUGAAUCCAGUAACAAGAUCUAUGGCCGAUCCAAUAACCCAUAUGAUUUACGGCAUAUUGUAGGUGGAAGUUCUGGUGGAGAAGGCUGUACCUUGGCAGCUGCCUGCUCAGUGAUUGGUGUGGGCUCUGAUAUCGGUGGCAGCAUUCGAAUGCCUGCCUUCUUCAAUGGCAUAUUUGGACACAAACCUUCACCAGGUGUGGUCUCCAACAAGGGUCAAUUUCCUGCAGCCACGGGAACCCAGGAGCUAUUUCAGUGCACUGGCCCAAUGUGCCGUUAUGCUGAAGACCUAGGCCCCAUGCUGAGGGUCAUGGCAGGACCUGGAAUCAAAAAAUUAAAACUAGAUGAAAAAGUACAUUUAAAGGACUUGAAAUUUUACUGGAUGGAACAUGAUGGUGGCUCAUUUUUAAUGUCUAAAGUAGACCAAGAUCUCAUUCUGGCUCAGAAAAAGGUUGUAGCUCACCUGGAAAAUACACUAGGAGCCUCAGUUCAACAUGUUAAACUGAAGCAAAUGAAGUAUUCUUUUCAGUUAUGGGUCACAAUGAUGUCAGCAAAAGGACAUGAUGGGAAGGAACCUGUGACAUUUAUGGAUCUGCUUAGUGACCAUGGCAAGCCUAUCAGCCCUCUGUGGGAAUUGAUCAAAUGGUGCCUGGGCUUAUCAGUGCACACCAUCCCUGCCAUUGGUAUAUAAAUCAUCUUUUCUCUG